AUACCCAAUAUGCAAGCCAGCCCCUUUCAAGUCAUUCCCAAACCAAUAUUUCCCUCACCGAUAAACAUACCUCCUGUGCACCGACGUCCUCCCUCGCAACGAGCUCUUGCCAUCACUACUUCCACAGCCAAUGAAACCCAUACUCCAAUUACCAUGUCAACUCUAGAAGUGGUCGAUGCCUCCGUGGCCGACUUCUGGGACUACCAGUUCCUCUUCGUCUCACAACGCUUGGAAACAAACGAGCCCGUGGCUCUACAAGUCGUCGAAGGUGCGGUCCCGACGGAGUUUCCUUCCGGAACAUACUACUUGGCGGGACCGGGGAUCUUCAGGGAUGACCACGGUUCGACAAUGCACCCUUUAGACGGUCACGGCUACCUCAGGGCUUUUACUUUCGAUGGGGUUAAUGGGGAUAAGUUCAGUGUCAAGUUCAUGGCGAGGUACGUGAAUACUGAGGCAAAGGUGGAAGAGCACGACCCGGUGACCAACACGUGGCGGUUCCGACAUAGGGGGUUGUUCUCGAUGCUGAAGAGAGGAGAGAAAGUUUGGAACACCAAGGUGAUGAAAAAUGUGGCGAAUACUAGUGUGUUGAGCUGGGGUGGGAGACUGAUGUGCUUGUGGGAUGGCGGGGAACCAUACGAAAUUGAACCAGAGAGGUUGGAUACCAUCGGGAAGGUCAAGCUGAUGGAUGGUUGGGAUUCAGUGGUGGAGAGGAGAAGCGAUGGUGGUGAUGUAUGGGAUGUUGCAGCAAGGUUGCUGAAGCCGAUUUUGUACGGAGUGUUUAAGAUGCCAGUGAAGCGAUUAUUAGCACAUUAUAAGUUCGAUGCUCGCAGAAAUAGACUUAUUUUAAUGUCAUGUAAUGCAGAAGAUAUUUUUUUACCGCGCAACAAUUUUACAUUUUAUGAAUUUGAUUCAAAUUUUAAGGUGGUUGGAAAGAAAGAAUUCAUCAUCCCUGAUCACUUGAUGAUUCAUGAUUGGGCUUUCACAGCCACUAGUUAUAUACUAUUUGCUAAUCGUGUCAAGCUUGAAUUCACAGGUGCAAUGACUUCAUUUUGUGGAAUUACUCCAACAAUUGCAGCAUUAUCAGUGAACCCUAGCAAGGAAACUUCUCCCAUAUAUGUGCUUCCUCGGUUUCCUAAUGAAGUGAAUUAUAAUCGAGAUUGGAGAGUGCCUGUUGAAGCUCCUUCACAAUUUUGGCUGCUACAUGUAGGCAAUGCCUAUGAGAGUUUGGAUGAAAAUGGGAAUUCGGAGAUCCAAAUACAAGCUUCUGUUUGCUCUUACGAGUGGUUCACAUUACAUAAAUUACUUGGAUAUGAUUGGCAAAGUGGUAAACUGGACCCUUCGAUUAUGUACUUAAAUGGAAACAAAAGCAAGAAAAUGCCUCACCUUGUCCAGGUUUCCAUCAACUUGGAUACCGGUACCGAUGGGAUCUGUCAAAGAUGUGAUAUUGAGCCAUUAAACCAAUGGAUCAAGUCAUCAGAUUUUCCCGUCAUAAAUCCAGCAUUUUCAGGCAGCAAGAAUAAAUACAUAUAUGCAGCAGCUUUUUCAGGUUCUCGCAGGGCAUUGCCAAACUUUCCAUAUGACAUGGUGGUGAAGCUCAAUCUUUCAACUAAAUCUGUGCGCACAUGGUCUGCUGAUAGUCGAAGAUUUAUCGGCGAACCCACUUUCAUAGCCAAAGGUUCCGAAGAAGAUGAGGGUUACAUUCUUGUGGUUGAGUAUGCAGUUGCAGUUCAAAGGUGCUAUCUGGUUAUCUUGGAUUCAAAGAGGAUUGGAGCGGCUGAUACACUUGUGGCAAGACUUGAAGUCCCCAAACACCUAAAUUUUCCUCUUGGUUUUCAUGGUUUCUGGGCCAGUAACGAAUAGUUUUCGUUCUCCUUUUGGUUUUAGGACACACAAUGCACAUAUCUCACGCCAGGCCAAAUUGGUGACAUGACAUUGUGUGCCUGUUCAGAAGAUGUAUUUGUAAAAUUAGUGCAGCGUUUCUUGUUGGCAGAGUGCGCAGUUUAAAUAUGCCCCUAGAAACUUAAUUUACAGAAACAUAUUAAAAAC